AUGUAUGGUGAUUUAGCUAAUAAGCUUGUAUUGGAGGCUAAGAGAACAAAACAAUUGAAUGGUAGAAACAACCAGCGGUACGCACUACCCAUGUACCACGAAGAACUUGUACAAGGAAUAUUGAGAGAAGUAACGCAGCUGAAGAGGAACUCAGAGUUUUUAAAAGAUCAGCAACAACUGGCUCUCGUUGAUGACAAGAUUUCUAAAUGCCAGUAUUUUGUUACUUUGCUCUGCAUGGAGAGAAACAAGAGAUGUCUCUUGGCAUAUCAGAAAGUCAGGUCCGAUAUCUUAAACUCUUUGGCCUGGGAAAAUAAUGGGUUAGAUAUAAUGAACGGUCUCAUAGGAGCAGAACAAGACACCAGUGAUUUAUCCCAUCAAGAACAAGACUAUUUGAAAGAGUAUACUGAUCUUUUAACGGAAUUAAAAAGUGGUGAUUUAGCAGAUAUCGACCUUUCAGGCAGUCUAACACCGCCAAGUGAUGUGUUCAUCGACGUGAGAGUGCUUAAAGAUGCAGGAGAGAUUCAAACGGAGUACGGUGCAUUCAACUUGAUUAAAGAUUCUCAAUUUUUCGUUAGACAGUCGGAUGUGGAAAGACUGAUUCAGCAAGGGUACCUACAAAAGAUUUAG